AUGACAUGCGCUUGAUUAUGAGCAGCCAAUUCCUCCCACGGAAAUCUGCGUCAAUCACCACCAGAAGCGUUGCUGCUCUACAAUAGUUUGUCUUAUCACACUUUUAGAUGGUUGAAUUACUCCAGUUAUAAUAAACGCAAGUGGUGUCCGUUAAUACAUUUAAUCUCAUUUUGAGUGUUGUUCCUGCGUUCUGAAAAUUCAACAGCGAAAAUGAAGAUCAUGGGCUCCAUCGAGCAACUCAAUACACUAGCACAGAUGAAGAAGAAUGGCAACCCAGUGAACCACUGGCCAUGGAGACUAGAGUGGACAUGCUGUUAGAUUUUCUGCAGCAGCCAAGCUCCAAGCAACCAGAAGGGGAUUCCACCCAAAGGGAGAUUGAGGAAUAUACCUCACGUGACGUGUGCACAUCAACACUUGCUGCCUUGCUUUGUGAAUGCAGGGUAGUGCUUCAAAAGACAGCAGACCACACCCUUUCAAUCUCCCGCACUUAUUCCGUGCUCCUUUCAAAUCCACACUAUGAUUCUUAAGGGGAUCAGUCACAAGAUUGCGAUGUUCUCGGUUAUCCUCACCUGGAGCUUCGUCAUACUCUGCGUUAAAUUCUCCAUCAACGUGGAGCCCUCCUCCUCCAUCACAGUAGAGACAGUAGAGGGGGGACAGGCUAAAAGAGAGGUAGAGUUGGAAACAACUAUUGCCAUUCAGAAGGUCAAAAACAUGACCCUCAACAAAAGGAGCAACGCCGCUCCACUCAAACCCCAGCAGUAUCUGAAGUUCAUCGAAAUCUCAGAGACCUUCAGGAAAGCCAUCUCGCGGGAGGGAGGCUACUGGAACAGGAAGCAGCACAAUCUCUUCCUGGAGCUCGACUCGAUGGUGAGGCCGGAGGGGAACGAGUCGGAAUGGAAGGAGCCGGACGAGAGGCUGUGUAACGGCACAAGUUCCGAGGUGUUCCAGGUCAACAUCCAGGACUUCACCUCCUACUCACCCCUGCUACAGGACUUCCUGCGGACCAUGCACUGCAAGGACCCCCCGAUUCUGAUCGAUCAGCCCAACAAGUGCCCCUGGAUGGAGGGGGAGAGACAGCCCUUCCUGCUCUUUGCCCUCAAGUCUUCGCCCCAGAACUUUGAGCAGCGGCAGGCGGUGCGGGAGACCUGGGGGCAGGAGGGGACACACGACAGUGGGUUGGAGGUGCGGACAGUGUUCCUGCUGGGCACGUUCCCCGCGGGGGUCCCGGAUCUGCAGGAGCUGGUGCGCUUCGAGGCGCUCCACUACGGAGAUAUCCUCCAGUGGGACUUCACGGACAGUUUCUACAACCUGACCCUGAAGGAGAAUGCUUUCCUGGGCUGGGCCCAGCAGCGAUGCCCGAGCGUCUCUUUCAUCUUCAAGGGGGACGACGACGUGUUUGUCAACCAGGGGGCCAUGUUAGACUUCCUACGCUCCCUGACGCCCGAAGAGACCAAGAGCCUUUACACUGGUCAGGUUGUUACCGACGCCAGCCCUAUCCGCCAAUCAAAAAGCAAAUACUACAUCCCCCGCUCAUUCUAUGACGGGCCUUACCCCCCAUACGCUGGGGGCGGUGGGUACCUCUUUUCUGGGUCGCUAGUGAGUCCCCUCCUGCAGGUGUCAAAACACAUUGUCCACUACCCCAUCGAUGACGUCUACACAGGGAUGUGCUUUCAGGCCCUGAACAUCUCCCCCAUUCUACACUCCGGGUUCAUGACCUUCGACAUCAAGGUGAAUGACCGCAAGAACGUCUGUGUGCACAAGAACCUCCUGCUAGUGCACCAGCGCAGCCCACAGGAGAUUCUGUGGCUCUGGAGACAAAUGCAUAGCCCCCUGCUCACGUGCUAAGCCCUUUGCCGCACUGCCAGCUUCCCUACCAAACCCAACACACCACUGUCUGUCAACUCACGGAGCAAUUUACUGCAGUUUUUUUGGAAUCGGCUUUGUCCCUUACUGAUCGACUGACUGAAUAACUUUGUUCAAAGACACAUGCACUAGAAAACGUAUGCAGUAUGUAUGACGUAAGUUCAAGAUGGCAGAGAAAGCUCUUCUGUGAUUGUUAACAGGCUGGGAGGAAGGGAUUGAGGCAGGACAUUUUUCCUCUCAGUGUUUUAUCAGGAAAAGCUUGUUAGCUAGCUAACAUGAAAUCAAAAAUAGCUAACUGGUAGAUAAUAAUUAGCUACGAUUAUGUAACUGGAUGAGACAUGAAAGGAGUGGCAAGCAGCUAUGAACAGUCCAAGCACAGCAAAAUUUAAUAGCUCUGCAUUAUACAAUGCUUCUCUUUAUGAAUUAAUAGCUGGCCAUUUUCCAGGUUGCCUACAGGUAGCUCUGUUUAAAGAUAAUCUGGAAAUAUUCGCUAGAUAUGAGAAUUGUUUUGAGUUUGUUAUUGCUAAUGUUAGCUAGCUAGCUUGCUUAUUAGGUUUUAUGUAAGAAAUCAUGUCAUGUAAUAUAAACUGUAUCUUCUAGUUCGCUAGUUUGGAGUCAUGUUACCUAGGUAGCCUAUAGCUUUUUCAGUAAAACAGUGAUAGUACCAGCUAGAUUAGACAAUAGGUACAUCUAGACUGCUUGGUUAUGCAGUCAAAGGAAAACGAGAGUAAAACCCAGGUCUAAUAAAUAUCUUGCUCCUACGGUAAAACCCGGAGACAAGCAAAGACAAGAGCAGAAAUGUGAAUCACUUGUAAGCAGGCACAAUACUUGAUACUUAAAUUAUAUAUACUCAUAUGUUAAAAAUAUAUGACAAGUGCCAAUUUGUAAUAUUUCCUAAAUAAAUGUCACAUAUAUAUAUUUGUUUUCUUCCCCGUGUGGGCAUGUUCUGCUUCUCGAAAUUGCACUACAAAACUUUGGUGCUGACAUUGUUAAGUUUCCUCAUUGAUAAUAAUGAACAGGCAAAUACUUAGUUACCUCAAAUACCUCAAAUGGCAACAAUGCACAGAAAUGUAUUUUCUUUUCAUGCCACAGGAGAAAAUGUAAAUAUGACCUUUGAUCUUUCAGGGGUAAAAGUUUCCUAUUAGGAAGUUAUAUGAAACAGUCUUCACAAUUGACCAUUUGAUAGAGGUGUAUUGUCCAGGAACACUGUGUUGGGUGGAGAUUUGACAUAGGUUUGGGGACGUGUCACAUGCAUGUGAUAACUUGAGAUUCAGGUUUCUGUAAUCUUGAGGGAGGUACGUCGCCUGAACUUCUUCAGCUGAAUAAGUUCAUGAAGCAAAUAUUGUUGACUGAAUACAGGGAUAUGCUGACAAAUACUUACUGUUCACCAAAAUCCUAUCAAUUCUCCAGGCAAAAUAUUAAGUUAUUAUAUUUCAAUGCUUUUGAAUGUUUACGAUACAAGGAAAUUUGGUCAUCUACAUGUCUAUAGAUAGAUGACAGAUUUGUAUAAAUGUAUUAAAGCAAAGUGUAAAUGUUGAUUCGAUACUGUAAUAAAUGUGUGUGUAAA